AUUGAAAAAAAUAGUACCAUAUCUCAAAAAUAUAUGCACUACUACUGCCUUGCCUAAACACUAUCAAGCUUCAAGAAUAUACUCACAUGGCUGCCUAUCCUUGUCAACCAAAUUCUUUAACACUCUUGUUAAUAACAUCCCUUGUUAUGGUGGGUUCUUUGAUGGUUGUUGCCGGAAACUUUUACCAAGAUGUUGACAUCACAUGGGGAGACGAGCGUGGUAAAAUGCUCAACAAUGGCAAUGUUGUCACACUUUCCCUGGACAAAGCCUCUGGCUCAGGCUUCCAGUCCAAGAAUGAGUAUCUUUUUGGCAAGUUCGAUAUGCAACUCAAGCUUGUACCUGGCAACUCUGCUGGCACGGUUACCACAUUCUAUUUCCACUCCAGAGGGACAUCAUGGGACGAAAUAGAUUUUGAGUUCCUAGGCAAUCUUAGUGGAGACCCUUAUCUUGUUCAUACUAAUGUUUACACUGAAGGAAAAGGAAACAGGGAGCAGCAAUUCUACCUAUGGUUUGAUCCAACAGCUGACUUUCACACCUAUUCAGUCCUCUGGAAUCCAGGGCAUAUUGUAUUCUAUGUUGAUGGUCGACCAAUUAGAGAAUUCAAGAACUUGGAAUCAAUUGGAGCUCCGUACCCAAAAGGCCAAGCAAUGAGGAUUUAUGCAAGCAUAUGGAAUGCAGAUGAUUGGGCUACAAGAGGAGGACUAGUGAAGACAGACUGGACACAAGCACCAUUUACUGCUGCUUUCAGAAACUUCCAAGCUAAUGCCUGUAUUUGGUCUAAUGGAAAAUCUUCCUGCACCAACUCUAAUAGUACUAAUAAUCAUGAUAAGUGGUACUCUCAGGAGCUAGAUCGUACAAAUCAAAAGCAGCUUAAAUGGGUGCAGAAGAACUAUAUGGUUUAUAAUUAUUGCAUAGAUACCAAGAGAUUUCCUCAAGGACUUCCUUUAGAAUGCAUUGUCACCAGCAAGAAUUAGGAGUUCUAGGUGAUGAGUAUGCAAAUUGUCCCUAAUAGUCAUGGGGUUGAAGGUUUUUUCUUUCCUUUUCUGGAUUCUUUAUCUAACAUGGUCGUGCCAAUAACGGAAGGCAAUGAAUUUAUUUUUGCUGAAAUUUUGUAUAUAAAUAAAUUUCAAUAAUGAAAAGGUUUCGUUUGUGUGUUCAUGAAGAA